AUGACCGGCCACUUGCUCUCAGGUCGACGACACGGCGGCUCGCAGCUUAGAGUCCAAGAAGGAGGGAAAUGGCGGGAUCCUACGCGGCCCGAGGAGGAGGAGGAGGAGGAGGAGGAGAGGAGGAGACGCGCCAAGUGGGACUCAGGAGCCCCAGGAGGUCGCGCUCGAAGCCAACGAGGAAACCGCCAAGAUACCGAGGACGGAGCCACUUCGAACCAAACUCACUCUGCCUCCCCCUCGUCCACACAGCCGCCGGCGGUGCCCCAGGAACCACCCACAGGCGACGGGCUGCGUCCAGAAGCCACGUCCACUGCGGAUACCACAGCCAGCAGCGAUUCUCCUUUCGACGAGACGACCAGUCCUCCGUCGACGACAGAUGAUGAGGCAAGCGGCAAUGAGGAAAGCGAGCAAGUUAGUGAGGAUAAUGAGACCAGCCCCGCCCCCGACGAUGAGGACGAAGAGGCGCAGACCUUGGGCGAAUCGGGUGAUGCCUCGACCACCGAGUUUUAUGGGGCAUUCGCCACCGAGGAAUUGCAGUCGGUAACGACCGGUUCCACUCAGAUUGCGGCCGACGACCAAGAUGAGGAGAUGCAGACAGAACGACCCGAUGAGGUUCCUCGCCCCGGCAACACCUCGGUCUUCCUCGAGUCCCAAACCACAGCGGAGGGCUCGCUCUCAACGUCAGAGGCGGACCAGGACACCUCCGAGUACCAAGAAGCCGAAACGGAGUCAGAACAGCCGCCGGACAGUCUCUUUUCAACCACGCCCGAAGGACCAAGUAUCCCGAUUGCCACAGUCUCUCCUGAAGACCCUUUUCCCGAAGAGCUUCCCGCCCCUCCUGACAGCGAAGCCCUGCAGGACACAGAUGCGCCUGCAGUCACCGUCGUCGCGGAUUCACAUGACGACAAUGCGACUCUUUCCCCAGAGUCUGCUUUCACUGAACCGACCAUUUAUGAAGAACCAGACAGUACCACAGCCUCAUCUGAGCCAUCAACUUCCGAAGGCUUUACUCAAGUAACUACAGAUACCAGUCAGGUUACCAUCGAUUACCAGAAUGAUGAAAUGGAAGAACAGCCAGAGGAGACCACUACUUCGAAUACUCCUGAAGAGUCACUUGGCGUUACUGUUAGCGAUUUCCUCGAGUCACUAUCUACUGAAGGAUUACUCUCAGGAACGACAGACCCCAAUCAGAUUACCUCAGAUUACCCAAACGAUGCGAUCUCAACAACCCAGGCGGAGGAGACUACUCUUCCAACCAUGUCUGAAGCGUCAAUUCACAUUUCUACCACGACUUCACCCGAGAACCGUCCCACUCCCUUUGAUUCUGAACCCCUACAGGCCACUGACGCCCCUGUAAUCGCCCUGAGUACAGAUUCCCACAGUGAUUACGAUACGACUCAGUUCCCAGACGCCGAAAGCACAAAUGAACCUCAACAAAGCACCCCGCUGGACGAAGGACUCAAGAUUCCCGUGACAGAGGUUCCUUCCUCCCUCCUCGGUCAGGAGGAAAAGGAGACGCAGCACCAGCAGGAGGACCCAAGUCGUCCCUAUGUUAUCAAUAGUGACAUCUGCGGCUUCAAAGGCGUUUGGAAUCACCUGGUGAAAGAGCCCGCUAAAGAGCCAAUGGGUGGAGUGGCUGUUUCCACGGUGGAGUUCUGUUGGGUGGCGGCCCUCGUGGAGCGCCGAGGAGGGACACUCGAGUACCUUUGCUCAGGCGCCCUCGUGGAGGCCGACCUCGUCCUCACUGCUGCCUCCUGUCUAAGGAAGCUGAACACGAGCGACCUGUACCGGUACAUCGUGGUUCUCGGGGACAGCAACCUGCGCGAGGACCUUCCCUACGGGGUGCAGUUCCACUCCCUCGCAGAAGUGGUCAUCCACCCGGCCUACUCCUCCUCCGAGGACGUCCACGCGAAUGACAUAGGUGAGCGUCGCGGGAUCCGGAGCCUUUCACAGAACACAAAGGUUUGA